AUGGAGGUGGAGCACGAGGUGCUUCAAAGCACCGAAGGGUCUGUGGGCGCUGGCACUGGUCGUAGCAAUUCGAAGGGUCCGACACUCAGCGGCGGACUUGAGGAAGUGGAUGCGCAAGACGCCAUGAAACAGCCAUUGACGCUCGCAGAAGAAGCCGACUUGUCCCCUAAGCCCCGCGAGAUGACGGAAGAGCAGCGUAGGCAAGCUGAGCGGAGGGCCCGUCUAAUGAAGAGAGCUGCACCGUCCACCAUGCCGGCUGCGCCUGACUUCACCUCAUCCGGCAGCACCAGCCUUUCUCCAUCCGCAAGCUUGAAGCCAUCUCCCAGUCAUCCCGACUCCGCCACAUCAAAUACCCAAUCCUUGACCUCGCCGAAGCAUCGAUUUCCACCAAGUGUUCUUCAGCCUGCCCAGCCGAGCAAGAGACCGAGACUGUCAGACGGCCCUUCAGAUACGUCUUCGAACGAGCCCAGACCAGGAUUUACGUCUAUGAAUCCGGCUGCGCGCACCACUUCUACGGUGACUGGCAGCGGAGCUCGUGUGCCGACGCAGCUCGUGUCGAAAAGUGGGCGGACAUCCUCCUCACCCUUUGCUGGAUCCAAUGGCCUGCGCCUGCCAAUCAUGAACGGCAAUCCCAAAGCUGCAAAAGGCACAAGCAGACCAGCAAUAGAUCUCACAGGUGAUGGAAGCGAUGACGAGGUGCAGGUCACGGGCAGCAAGAAAGCGGAGCAGGAGGUAGAAUUAGACCGACGGAAGACCAACUCGCCAGUAUGCCUUGGUGUCCUUAAUGGGGUGAUCAUGUGCAUGUACGGUCUGCCAGAAUCGCUGCAGUACGAAGGUGACGCACCUCCAGAGAGCGUUCCGCAACAUCCUGCAUUCCGAAGAGAACAUUGGCCCAGCAUCUCCCACUUCUGGUCUCAACCUGGCUACAGACCCAUUCUGCUCUCAUUCAGCAAUCGGCGAGGUCCUGAAGCGGGCUCGACUCAGGUGGAUCUUGCAGUGAGCACCAUCCUUCCGCCCUUGAUGGUCAAUGCAAUCGCUCGUCAGCGAGCUGAGAAGGAGGGCAAGCCACCUCCGCCUCCAGGAAAUUCCUCCCAGAUGCAACCCGCAUUUGGCGCUUUGGCCGAGAAAUAUCGAAGAGCGCUACUUCCAUUGCUCAACCGAGGCGACGUUAGGUGUGAAGCUCGUUGUAAACUUGUCAACAGUGCUCGUGGAGCUGUGAGUGUCUGUAACGUCUUGUGAAGUAUCGAGACUCCCUGGCUUUCACAACUGACUGUGCCGUGCCUUCUGCGCAGCUCUUCCUUCACCCCAUCGAGAUUUUGAUCUUCACUGAGCACAGCCGCAUGGGUACAGUGACGAGCGGCCUACUGCGCGAGGGCUGCAGCUUGGAGCAUCCGGUCAUCUACGAAGCUUUGGACUAUCCUGACUCUCCGCGUUUGAUUGUUCAGCAGCACGCUUUGCCUGCCCCUGCUGCAGUGGGCCAAGGCUCCAAUUUCUAUCGGCCUGACAUGCACCCAUCCGUAUUCACUGGCGGCUGGGGCGGGCAGGUUGUGCAAACCAAGGAGCAGACAGAAGAGGAGCGCAAACAGCAGGUAGAGACUGUGUAUGCGAGCUUGAGAAGUGGAGAAGACUUGGAGGAGGUCGAAGCGAAUAGUGUGGUCACUACCGACCUUUUUCCCCAUCAAAAGCAAGCUUUGGCUUUCUUACUCGAUCGUGAGAAGGAACGCUCAUUCGAUGUAUCAGAACGGAACGGCAAAUCUGACGGCGCGCCCAAUCAAGAAGAAGAGCCGAUCUCGCUAUGGAGACCCAAAAGGCGGCCGGGAAGCGGCAAGAUUGUCUCGUACACUAAUGUGGUCACGAACGGUGAAACGAGUAGGCCGCCGGAAAUAUGUCGCGGAGCUAUCCUUGCGGACGACAUGGGCCUGGGCAAAACAAUCACCACAAUUGCCUUGAUUGCCAACAGCUGGAACGAAGCUAAGGCCUUUGGCAAAUCCAAAUUGGUCGAGCUCAACGGCAAAGGUGGCGACUCUGCGGUUGCUGCCAAGAAUGGCCAUAACCAGGCAACUGAUGAUGGAGAAGAAGGAUUUGCCAGUGGUUUGCCAGGCGCGCCCGCUGCCAAGACUGCCUCGAGCCGCAAAGGCAAAGACCCUGCAAACAGCAAAUCACAAGCCAAGAAGGAUGAAGCUGAGCUUGCCCGCCAGAGCAACUUGCGCACUCGCAGCAGAGCCACCUUGAUUGUGUUGCCGCUGACCUUGGUGUCUAGCUGGGUGAGCAUAAGCGUGCUGUGGACCGAGAUGUUGUGCGAAGGCUUACGCUGCUGAGCCUUCUCCUGCGUGUAGGAAGAGCAGAUCAAAGAGCACUGGCAUAACAAGUACCUGCCAAAGCGAUUGAUCUAUCAUGGGCAAAAGAGGAGUCAAGAUCCGAUCUGGAUUGCGAAUCACGACAUUGUUUUCACCACCUAUCCCACCCUAGCCAACGAGUUCUCGCGGCAAAAGGUGUGGGUGUCUGAUGUCGACGGCGGGGAGGAUACGCAAGAUGAUGCGGAAGGCAGCGAUGAUGAUAUCGUGCCAUUGGACAGCAAUGGUGUGCCUCAGUACCGCUCAAAGAGUUCCAAGAAAGGUGCGAAGAGGCGCAAGUCCGGACCAAUGGUUGAGUCCAAGAACCCGUUGCAGCGGAUUGAGUGGUUCCGAAUCGUCCUCGACGAGGCUCAGUGAGUGCAGUCCGGCGCUGCUGCGUCUAGGCAGUUGCGAGAGCUAAUCAUUUGCCAAUUCAUUCAAAGUACGAUCAAAGAAGCCCGCACUUGGCAGAGCAAGGCGGUUUGCAAUCUUUCCGCACAAAGGCGACUUUGCUUGACUGGAACGCCGGUUCAAAACCGAAUGGACGAUCUCUACUCGCUCAUCAAGUUUCUUCGACUCGAGCCUUUGAAUGAUCGGGCGAUCUGGAAUGAGUUCUGUGGAUCCAAGGAGAACAAAGGCAGCUUGCGCGCUGCAGGCAAGGACCAAAACAAUGGUCCGCUGGACAGCACAGCGCUGCGACGAGUCCAGACCAUCAUGAAGUUUUUGACCCUGAGACGUUCCAAGGAUGGCAAGCGCAAGGACGGCUCGCGCUUGCUCAACCUGCCGCCGAAGUACAACCGGACCAUGCUGCUGCAAUUCACGGAACACGAGCGUGCCGUCUACACGGAUAUGCAUCAAAGCUUCAAGGAAGAGAUAGAAGCGUUGAAGAAGACGGACUCCGUCAAGCACAAUUAUGCUACGAUCUUGCACGAAGUGAGUUUGGUUGAGUGCUGCUGCACGUGACACUCUCAGAAUGGUUGAGCUGACCGCUUCACAUCCGCUUAGAUCUCCAAUUUGCGCAUGUCUUGCGAUCAUUUUGCUCUCGUCGAUGACAGCAAGGACAGCAAGCGCAAGAAGGACGGUUCAGGCCGAUACGGCGUAGUCGAUGCCAUCAAAAAGGAUGGCUUGACCCGCCAGCGCGCCUUGGAGCUGUUCAAGCUCUUCGCCGACGAGGAACAUGCGUUGUGCAGCACAUGCGCAAUCGAUCUCACACACAUAGACACCGAGACUGGCAAAAUUUCCUCAUCUCCAGUUGUGACGAAGUGCCAACAUCUUCUCUGCACGCCUUGUUUCCGCCACAAGGCUGGUUCGAGUUGGCCAAAGGGAGCAAAGGCGGACCAGAAGGUCGCGUGCCCCGCGUGCGAUGUUGUUCUGGCGCCACUUACCGAAUGCUUGCAGCUCGCACCUGCUGAGAUCCAAGAAGAUCCAGAUGAACCAAUUCAAGAGGACGAAAUGGAUUCCGUCUCCUCUACUGGAGGCUUCUACGACGGUUCAUCCACCGGCAGAAGCUCUACUAGGCGCAAGCCCGUUUUUGGAGCCGAUGCAGGCAAGCCUGUUCUGGAACGUCCUGAUCUGAGCACCAAGAUACAGGCUCUUCUUAGCGACCUGAUCCCCUUUUCGAAAUGCAACCCCGCGUCGUUCCUUUAUGACGAAGAUGCGUUUCUGCUAGAUCAUCAGGCGACGCCGUCUGCAGACAAAGAACGUAAAGAGGAAACAAAGACGAGCAAAGAGCCUGUCGUGGUGGUUCAGCAUCCUCCUCUCAAGGCUGGUGGCCCGGCCAACAUCCUACCCAUCAAGAGUGUCGUCUUCAGUCAGUGGACCAAGAUGCUUGAUCGCGUUGCCAAUGCGCUGGAGCGCGCUGGCAUACGCGCAGCGCGACUGGACGGAUCGAUGCCGCGAGACCGACGAGCCGAAGAAAUCACGCGCUUCAAGGAGGAUCCUAGUGUGGAGGUCUUCCUGGUCAGUCUCAAAGUCGGAGGGACUGGACUGAACCUGGUCCAGGCAUGCCGAGCAUACAUUCUCGAACCGUAUUGGAAUCCAGCAGCUGAGAAUCAAGGAUUGGAUAGAGUUCAUAGAAUGGGUCAAGUGAGACCCGUCAUCACCACAAAAUAUGUGGUAGCGAAGAGCAUAGAAGAGCGCAUGCUUGCGGUCCAGAAGCACAAAAUGGAGCUUGCUAGGUCUGUCGGAGAUCACGGCGAGCGCAGACGGGCAGGUGGAGACCUUGCCAUGCUUCUCGACGAGAUGGCCAAGUCUUGA